CCAAUCAAAUACCGCGCCUCGCCCUAAUCCUGCUCGCGGAUUGGACGAGCCUAUGACCAUACGUUCGCGCCGCUCUCGCGCAGUCCGGCAACCGGCGCGUUACGAGUAACGUUGUUUAUUUGCGUAAUUACUAAGAUUGUGCAACAAACCUGUCAAUUAGCUUACAGUAUUGAUUUAUGAGUGUAACAAUAGUAUUAACGUGCCUGGGAACAAUAAACUGUGAAUUAAUCUAUGCAUUUUCACUUAUAGCCUCAAACCGAACCCCAAAACCGAGCUAGCCGGCGCUACAAAAUGGCUGCCCAAGUGUGAGGCUAUUAAGUGUAUAGUGAAAAUUUUGUGCCGUGAUUCGUAAAAAUAAACAUUAAAAGUGUUUUAACAUGCCGCCAAAAUCAAAGAGACACCAACGUGUGUCGACGCCGACGCCGACGCGCGAGGACGCCGAGAUCGCUCGCGAAGGUUCGUUCACGAGGGAUGACGUCACGACGCUAGUGGAGUCGUUACAACGGUCGCAGACCAACGCCUUCAGGGAACUGCUGGAGAGUGUCAUCACGACCACUAGAAACCCGUCAUCAUCUGCCUCGACACCGUUUCCUGCAGAAGGAGGAAAUUUCUCGCGCUGCAAAGCCCGAUUCGCUGGAGAUCCUGAAGAGUCCAUCGAAGGUUUUAUCGACGCCAUUGAAGCAUACAAGGAUUGUGCAAACGUUUCGGAUGAUAACGCCAUCCGAGGCUUAUCAAUGCUGUUGACACAUGCAGCCGCAGAUUGGUGGCAAGGAAUUAAAGUAGAAACUAAGUCAUGGGCCGACGUUUUGGACAGUUUGCGCUAUACCUACGGAGACAAUCGAGCUCCGCCGCGCAUAUACCGCGACUUAUAUGCAACACCUCAAGGCGACGAAAACACGCAUAUUUAUGUAGCAAAGUGCCGUGUACUAUUUGCAAAAUUGCCGCGCAACGAGUUAACUGAGAAAAUCCAGUUAGACAUGGUAUACGGACUUCUACACAAGCGUAUCCGCAAGCGUAUCAAAAGAGAAGAGUGCGCAACAUUCAAAAUUCUCUUACAAAAGGCGCGCGCUGUAGAAGAAUCAUUGAACGAGAACGUGAGCAACACCUCGCCAUCGCCAAGUCGUCUCGUCAACACAUCAAAGACACCGCCGCCGCGCGCCGCUGCCACAGCGAGCGCGAGCGCCGCGCCUCCGCUCCGCGAGCCCCGCGCUCCCCGCGAGCCCCGCGCGCCUCCGCCGCGGCGUUUCGAUGAUAACAGUGAUAACAACAGUGCCGCGUCCGCCGCGAAAUCUAAGUCGUAUAAUAAGAAGUGCGGGUAUUGUAAACGUUUCGGUCACGUAAAAGAAGAAUGUCGCAAGUUAAUUAAAGACUCUAGUACGUCUAGUGAUAAUAAUAAUAAUAAGGCAUCAGAUGUUAAUGUUUUGCGUUGUUAUGGAUGUGGUCAAAUAGGCGUUAUACGCGCAAAUUGCGAAAAAUGUAAUGCCUCAUUCUGUACUGUCAAUUGCAACAUGGAUUCGUCCAAUCCAGGGUGUAAGGGCACUGGUAAGCAGACUAAGAAGCUUUCCCCGGACCAGCACAGAAGGUUGAGUGCUCCAAGGAGCCUGCACCUGGAGUCCUAAAGGACCAGAAUGCUUCCGAGGACCCGGUGUUGGAUUUAUUUGACUCCUAUGAGGAUUAUGUAAACAGACAUCAGCGGCCACUUUUAGGAAUUGAAAUCCUGAAUAUGAGAGGUACUGCAUUAGUGGAUACAGCUGCAAAGAGAAGCAUGGCAAGUCAGAAGCUCUACUCACUGUUACUUGAGAAAGGUCAACAGUUCUGCGAGAAGCAAAUGAGAGUUACACUAGCGGAUGGUAUACCUCAAAUUAAAAAUGUGCUCAAAAUUACCUUGGAUGUCAAAGUGAAGGAUAGGAUAAUACCUCAAGAGUUCCUGAUCUUACCUGAAGCCCAAGAAAAUGAUACUUUACUGGGAGUUGAUUUUAUAAAAGCCUCUCGGCUCGACUUGGACUUUAACACCAAUACUUGGUGCUUUCCAGGAGGGGAUAAGUAUCCCAUACAGUAUGAAAAUGACAUACCAGUACAAUUGUCACUUGCUGCAAGCAAUAUACUUCAUGCUGAAGAAGGAUCAAUGCUCAGCGAAGGUGAAAAGAUGGAAUUAGCCGAAGUGUUACAGAGGAAUAGCGCAGUCUUCAGUCUAGGGGGAGCGCCCACUCCCAUUGUGGAACAUCACAUUGACACAGGAGAUCAUGCACCUAUAUCUGUACCUCCAUACCGGCUCACACCUGCGAAGAAGGAAAUUAUGAAAGCAGAGAUUGAGAAGAUGCUCCGGGAAGGGAUAAUAGAGGAAUGUGAAUCUGCUUGGACUUCACCGGCUGUGCUUGUCCCUAAGAAGAAUAAUACUGUCAGAUUCUGUGCUGAUUACAGAAAACUGAAUAGUAUCACCAAGACAGAUAACUAUCCCUUACC